UAAUUUUACUUAGACAUAAUUUAUAGAAAAUGUAUCUGAUUUCGACAGCUAAAACGACCGUGCUUACCAGUUUUCAAGAUUUAGAUGUUAAGUCUACUUAUCAACAUAGCAAUGGCGAAAAUACGGACUUUCAAUUCUAUACUCAACAGCGCAUUUUUGUUGAAGUUAAUAAAAAAUCGGGCUUGGAAUUAAUGCGCAUAAGAGAAAAAGUGAAUGAAGGUAUUAGCAUACAGCGAGUACGUAAAUUGACCAUUGAUAAUGUUUAUUGUGUUGCUUGCGCUAAGCAAUCGGUCGAAGAGAUGGCGGUGGGUUUGUCCAAUGGACAAGUAAAAUUAUACAAUUACAAAAAUUCUGAAUUUAUCCACAAAUUCAGUGCAGAUACUAACCGUAAUUCGGUUCUAUACUUGGAUUACAACGCUUCUGACGAGUAUAUAGCUGGAGUUUUUGAAUGUGGAUUAAUUAACAUUUACGGUCAUAAAACAAAGACUAAAGUUGACAGCUUUAAUAUUGACGGACAGUCGACGUUGGCACGUUUUCAUCCAAGCAAACGCUUUCAUUUGUCGAUAGCUUCUUACAAAGGAGCAGUUACUCUUUAUGAUAUACAAGCAAAACGUAAGUUGUUUAACGCAAGUGAUGCACAUGCAGCACCAUGUCGUGAUUUAUGCAUAUCGCCGGGUUCUCCGGAUACUUUAAUAAGUGUUGGAUAUGACUGCCUGAUUAAUAUAUUUGAUAUGAGACGUAAAGUGAAACCACUGCAAAUAAAUUACUGUCAUCCAUUAUCGACGGUAGCUGUUAGUGAAUGCGGUACUUAUUUUUGCGCUGGUAAUUUGAAGGGCGAAAUAAUUACAAAUGACAUGCGUAAUUUGAAGAGUUUUCUUUCAUCUAAAAAAAUACAUGACUGUGGUGUAACACGUGUAGCGUUUGCUCCUACGUCAGCUGAUAAUAGCAGUUAUAGUACAUCUUCCCUAGUGGCAGCAACUUCAGAUAUCUCGUUGUCGGGACUGGGUGCUAAGGAAAACGAGCUGCGUAAAUCUUUAACAUCAAAUGCUGCGGAUGGUGCACGUUGCCAACGUGAUUCGUUUUGUGAUUUUCUCGAUUAUCAGAUUAAUCGUGAUCAAGAAAAGAACUCUUCCCGUGUUUUACGUAGUGACAGUUUUGAUUGGGAAAGUUUAUCACAUAAAUCACAUCCGGAUAUAAAUCGUUCCUUUGAGCAUUUAACAACCAAUAAUGACAUUUGCGAUUUUAAAGCAAACACAUCGGAUUUCUUAAAAGUUCCCCUGAAAGAUCGUAAUAGUGUUUCUUUACACACAAACGCUGGCAAAUUAGCUCAAAUUAAAGAGGAAGAAAAACACCUAGUAGACCUAGAAAAAUAUGUUGAUUCUGGCAGCGAAAAAGAAAACCCCCAAAUUAACGAUACGAAUUUGAGCAGUAGCCGUUUGCAUGCACCGAUUGCCUGCAAUAGUACACCGAAUCGUGAACAUGCCUCUAUGGAGGAUGUAUUGACUGCAACUAAGCCGCAAGGCUCCUCUACGACAAAUAAUACGCCAAACAAUACUCCAGCAAGUCUAGAAGGCCAGGCACACUGUACAACACCGGUCCCAGAUGCAAACGUUUUUAAAGCAAUUUCCGAUUUACGUCAAGAGACGUUGCAACGUUUUCAUCAUUUGGAAUGCGAACUAAAAUUCAUGAUUGAAAAUAAUAAAUGGCAGAUUUUUACUCAAAACUUCAACUUAUGGAAACAAAAUAUAGAACAAACCGAGAAUAUACGAGAUUGGCUAGCCGCAUUGUUGCAGACGGAUCCAUUUGUCAAUGAACUUUUAAGACUGAAGGAUGAGAAUGAGUUGUUAAAACAACAAUUGAAAGACUUGUUAAACAAAUAAUUUGAAAAAAAUUGCGUUGACGAUGUUAUAUUUUAUAAUUUUUUUACAUUAUUUUAUGGUAUUCGUUUAGACGUCCACUGUUUUGUUAAUUGUACGAAGAGAUAUACUUUUUUCAAACGAUCAAUAAAUUAUAAACACACCAAAUUUUAUUAAGUUUUCGGGGUAUAACAUUUAUGUCGGCCACUGAAGGAGCCAGAGCGGAAUGAAUAAAUAAACUUUUGCUCAGCUUAAGAAUCGAAAGGAAAAGGCAAAAAUUCCAACCAACCAAGUAUUGUAAGGCAAAUUUGAUUUAUCCUUCGCUAAUUGAUUCUAAUUUGCUGGCAUUCCUGCCAAAAUCUUAAAUUUUCAAAUUGAUGCACUUGUUAUAAAUUCAGUAAACAAGGCUCCUAUUGCCUUGUCGCAUUAAUUUUAAUAUGAAGUGCAAUAAGUCUUAAAAGCUAUGGAUUUUAAAGCGCUGGAAUGCCUGGAACGACUAAGCCCCAAAUUCUGAUAGCCCAAUCCAACCCAUAAAGCCUGGAUCUUACUAGAUGGGUUCUUUUUCUUCCAGCGUAUAUUACACUUUUCUACGCUGUCCUGUCGAGUACAGCAGUUUGUGCUUUGGCUUGGCAAUUACAUAGACUAAGUUUUCAAUUCAUUGUUAUCUAUAUUACAAUUAAAAUUACAUUAAAUAUUCUAAAAAAGAAAAAUGAUCUAAAAUACAAUUAAAGCGAAUUUUAAUUUGUAGCUUGCGAACAUUUGCAAUCGUCGUCAGAAGUUUCACUAGUUUAUACUAUAAGACAAAUAGCGUAAUGGGCACUUAAAGCAAUCUUAAUGUCCAAAGUCACAAUAAAGGAACCGCUGAUAAUGUUCACACUAAAUAAAUAUUCACUACAAUUUCUCACACACUUUAAAAUAAUCAAAGCGUUGCACUUUACUGAAAGCAACUCUGCGCUCUCUCCAUUCUCAACACAUAGUACUUCUUUUUUAAACCAUUUAAAGGAAAAAACCAGGUAACGGCUUUCAUCGAAAGAUCAAAGCCAUUUUACAAGUGCGCAAAGAGUUUAGUUAAGGUAUUCAAUUACGCAGAUAAGCCACGAUUGAAAAGAAAUGCCUUAGUACAAAUAAGAAAUGUAUUUGGCAGAAGCCGGAUCUCGUGUACCCAUCACUAUGCUUUCUGCAUUCUGCUCUCCAAGUUCUUGCACAUAGGGGAGGAAGACUUCUUUAAGGUCCAUUGGUGAGUUGCAAUUGUGCAUUUUUCAGAACUUUUUAUGCAAAAUCAAUACUAAUCGAAGACGGACUUGCACGGGCGUCAUGUGAAACCGUCGUCUUUGGUCGCCCGUACUUAUACAAAAGAAGCGAUUGUCUUUGAUGGAAUAGAUCGCGUGAACUGAAAUAUUGAGAAUUUAAUAUGCAAACUAUCCGUUGGUGGCAAUUAAGCUUAAAUGCCGUUAACGACUGUCGCUUGUUUCAUAUACAGCCGAUAUAAACAAUCGAAUAUAAAUAAAAAUGAAAUAUGUGAUUAAACAAUGAAAUUUUCCUUUUUUACGC